CGAUCCCAGUCCCGCUCACGCUCACGGUCCAAGUCUCGCGGCCUGUCGCGCUCCCAGUCCCGCCGCGGCGACCUUGGCCGCUCAUAUCUGUUGUCUCUGGGCGGCGACUCUCGUCGAAGCGGGCUCCGGCGAGGCAAUGGGGAUCGCCUGAUGGGGGAUCGACUUCUCUCGCGUCUGCGGGGGCUUUCGCGGUCUCUGGAUCGCUCGCGUCGGUAUCGAUCGCCGAUGCUGCGGGAACGCCUUCGCGGGGGAUAUCUUCCAGGCACGUAGCUAUCAGAUCCUGGGAUGAUGGGGCUCCGAGGGCGAGGACUUCUAGUCCGCGGCGGGCUUCUGGCUCUGUCUCUAACGGGGCUUCUCGGCCUUCUAGGCGAUCGCUCUCGCGGUGUCGGCCUCCACGAUUCCCCAGCACCGUAUCUCACCACCUCGCCGUCGUCGUACCUGCGAUGGUCAGCCAUGUCCUAAACACGAAGCCGUGCAAGCAGAGCAGCAGAAUUAUCCGGCCUUCAGGGAUGAUGAUCCCGCCGCAUUUCUGCCUUGACUGAUACAACCACGCGCGAUCGGAUAACAAAGGCACCAGGCAGUUGCAGUUCAGAGGCGGAAAGCAGAUAAAUCGAUCGUGUGCAAGAAUGUUGCUUUCUUACCUUCGACUCCGACCAUCUCGCUCGC